GUUUGCGUGAUUCAUCGGCAAUGCAUCUAACCUAGAUAUCGAGAGUAUUUAUUGCAUUGUGGGCAGGGGGUACACCCCCGGCCGUGGUUGUCAAUGUUCCCGAAGCCCAUCAACGUCACCCCCUGCUCAAUCUAGCGGUAGCUGUCAAUCUGAGCUCGAAUCGCGCGCCUCUAGUUAAAGUGAGUUUACCCAAUUCCCUGACAAGCGAAUUGGCGACGAGUCACGACGACAACGCAUAUGAUGCCACGCGAUUUGGUCUGCUGAAAUUCGAUAUGGUAUUUGCACUUUCAAUCCAUGAUUAGCGCAUCCAAUCUGACCUUCAGUCGCCCAGUUGUAGCAUCGUCAUAAUGCCGAAGCCAGCCAAGGAUUUGAAAUACCUGAACGAGCUCAACGAUGCUCGCUGCGAAGAUAAUUGGGACUCUGUACCAGAACUCGUUCGCAAAGUUCGCAAACAUGCUCCCUCCAGAGAAUGCCUUGCCGUAACCGCCGAAACCGAGCAUGCUAUCACCACCGCGCAGCCGAAACAGGCCUCGGCCUCGAGACCUACGACCGCCGCUUCUACUAAGGACUUGGAGAUCACGCGGUUCUUGCCCAAGUUACUCGACGCUAUCGACAAUGAGCAGAGUUACCUUGAGGACAGGUUCCAGGCUCAGGUCUGUGUUGGGUGGCUGUACUGGACUGUAGGAGAGUAUGAACUUGCUGCGGCCCGACUACCGCAGAGCCUAGACGAGGAGUUUGUGCGCUUCGAACAAACCGAAAACUUAUCCGAAUGGACACGGGUUUGUACCUUGAAGGCCGCCUAUCUGAGAGCAUGUUGCCUGUCCAAGAAAGACGACAGGAUUGGGGCUCUGACGGCAUUUGAAUCUGCCCUGGUCUCUCUGUCAAGCAUUUGGACAGCACAAAAGGGUCGUGCCCAACUACAAUUCUGGGCUGAACUGUUCUUGACCGAGUUCUGCAUGCUGCAGGCUCAGGCUUUAGAAAGGGGUGAAAAGACUCUCGAGGACUCCAACUCUUUGGGUGCGUUCCGAUCAUGGGCGAGAUACUUCGAGUCGUCUAGGCCCCAAGGGACUCCCCUGGUUGGCGGUCGCGGGUUUCGCGGUGCUGUCCCUAGGAGGAGGGUUUGGAAUGAGUACUACUCCGCCAUUUCCGGCAUACUUGAGCUGGACCUACCCUUCCCUACCGGAUACGUCACUGAGGUGGCCAAAGAAGGUUCAGCCAGGGGUCAGCUGCGAAUGGAGCUCAAGAAGGUUGAGUCCACUUACGAGGCCCUUCUUUUGAUGGAAACAGCAUUCCCCCGGGCAGAGGAGGACAGGGAGGAAGUUGAAGAUUUCGUCGGCCGAGUAAUGAGAAACUGGAGCAUUUUGAGCGGACGAGAUUGGUAUGAGCAUGAUCUUGGCCCUGGGGGCAAAGAAGGUCUCAGUCGAGGGGUGCUUGAGAUUCUCUACCGGGCGGCGACCAAAACCUUCCAUUCCACAGCAAUUCUACGACAUCUCUUCACCGUCCACCUAGCCGUCGCCGAGUUCGACCUGGCCUUCAAAGCUUUCGACUCAUACUUGGAAAUCGUGAAGAAGGGCAAGGCCCGGGUUGACAAGACGGGACAUCUUGAGCCUAGUCUGGAUGACGACGGGACGGUCCUAGAGACAAUGUCCACGGCGAUCACGGCGCUUUGCAAAUAUGGAUUGAGUGACGCUGCCGAGAAAGCCCGCGAUCUCGGCAUUGAGCUAGAAGAAAUGCUUUCGAAACUUCCUGCGCCUCUCCCGAAUGCGGACGAUAGCAUCACAACUUUGGAUGAAGAGACAGCCAAUGGUGUUGUUCUUCAUCCCCGGCUAACCUCCAGAGUCAAUGCUCUGGCAUGGCAAGCGAUUGGGCUCUCUCAGGCCCAAUGGUCGCGAACAACCUACGAUGCGGCGGCCCGCGUAGAGAUCCAAGCAAAAGCCAUCAGGAGCUUCCAAAAGUCACUAUCACCGGAUACCGGCAACCCAACAGACGUCAGAACUUUGUUCACGCUUGGUCUAUUGCUUGCUGAGCAAAGAGAACUGAGCGCAGCUAUAGAUAUCGUGAAAGCUGCGCUGAUGUCUAAUAAGAAGACUGGAGAGCAGAAUUUGUCCGCGGGUUCCUAUUGGCGAGAGCGCUCCUUAAUUCCCGUUUGGCACCUGCUAGCUUUGCUUUUGAGUGCGCGACAAGACUACAUCAUGGCUGCUCGCGCUUGCGAAGGCGCAUUUGAGCAGUUCGAUGAUCCCACAGUAUUGUUUGGCACUCCCGAUUUGGAUGGCAACUUUCGCAGCGACCACCUUAAUGAAGUGGAGGCCAAGGAUAGCAAGCCUAGCUCUAAAGGUCUUGUCGAUGAGAUGGACGAUCUCGAGAAAGAAGUCAUCAUCGAGGUCAAGAUGACUCAACUUGCCAUUUUAGAGAUACUUGAGGGCCCGGAGGUGGCAGUCAACGCUAGCCACGAGCUGCUGGUUCUGUAUACGAGACUUUUCGGGAGUCUGCAGCCGAGCUCAGCCCAUAAAUCCACCUCGGGGGUGCCGAAAAGCUCAGCUGGGACGUUGCGAAGUUUGCGAGGAAGUAUAUUCGGUAACAAAUCCGAAAAAGCCGCCGGCAACCUCAAACACACCGACACUAUGAACAGUGAGAGGUCAGCAGCAGGGAAGUCAGAUCGACCCCAAACUGCAACAACCACCGUCAGCACUGCGACCACGGCCCCUACCAUCCAUGUUACGAAGGAAAAUGGCGAUGCGAGAACUUCUCGUUCUCGAAGGUCAUCGGUAGCAAGCUCGGUUGGGCGAAGGAGCAAUUCAACCAAACGGUGCAACAGUCUGAAGAAGCGCGACAGGAGCGUCCCCCAACGACAACGAUCAGCCAGCAGUAGUGGUGGCUUGCCUCGGCGAUCAACUAUCUCGGAUGGCGAUGCCUACUUCACACCGUUGGGAGAUGGAGCGGCCAACGAACGACCAGAUUUCUUUGCUGUCGGUCGCAAAAAUAGCUUCUCGAGUCAGCAAUCUUUCUCCAGGGGUCGGGGGCUUCUGAGGUUUGACUCGAACGUUUCGUCGAAUAAAGAAUCAGCAGACAUGGUGUUGGAUUCUCUGACGCCCCCAAACCCCCUGCCCUUGAUUCAAUUUCCGAAGGAGCAACUCAAGCGGCAAAGGCAGUCUAUCCUCAUCAAGGUGUGGCUGAUGAUCGGCGCCUUCUAUCGGCGCUCUCACAUGUACACGGACUGUCGUGGUUCUAUAGAAGAGGCUCGUCUCUUGGUGGACGCUAUGGAAGCGGACCUCUUUAAAGAUACAGGUAGCUCUGUGACGACCAACAACCCUGGCUGGGGAGGCAGACAGUGCAUCGAGGAACUAUGGAGCGAUGUUCGUUCCGAGACUGGCUAUCUACUAGUGGCCGAAGAAGAACCAUAUGAAGCCCGAGCUCAGUUCGAGGAGGCGCUGAUGCAUUAUCCCAACCACCCUGCAGCAAUCGUCGGGUUGUCCAAUAUUCUCCUGGAUAUCUACAGCGAGGCGCUUUUGCCGACGCCUGCCAUCCCUGGCAUAACAUUGCCCGAUGGCGAGCCAAUAACUUUCAAUAGCCUCACUCCGAACGCCGAAACUUCUCUGGGUGGUGGACAAAGAUUAGGGAAGAGUAUUUCGGUCCUGCCGACUACACCACUCGGACUUGGCACUGACAAAUCCAACACUACACUUGCGCAGCAUCCAAGUCCUGUCACUGCGCAGAAACUCGACAAACCUGCUGGCACUGAGGAAUUGCGUGCUCCAUACAAGGCGGCGUCUUUGCCCAUGGUAGAUCGACUGGCGGCGAGAGACCGAGCAUAUGGCCUGCUGUCAGGCCUCACUAAGCUAGGCAGCGGCUGGAACUACUCUGACGCUUGGUUCGCACUGGCAAGGGCACAUGAAGAAAGUGGACAAGCGGGCAAAGCCAAGGAGGCGCUGUGGUGGUGCGUUGAGCUUGAAGAGGGCAUGGGAGUCCGAGACUGGAAUUGUGUUGGUGUUGGUGGCUAUGUACUAUAAGUCGGGGGUUUACCAUUCACAGAGAACAAAUUUGGGUUAUCCGCCCCUGCGAGAUGCCAUUGGGU